GUUUUUGUUGUUUUAAUAGAAUUAUCCAAAGUUACAUUUUAAGAGAAGAGUCAGGAGCACUAGUUCCACAAACCAUGGAUCAAAACAAGCAUGCAUCUGGAAAAAAGGGAAAGAUAGAGCUAUCAAAAAGAGGAGGUAUCAUGGCAUCUGUUUAUAGUUCCCAUCCUUCUGAUUCCCACAUGACGUUGGAUCUAUCCUUGGAAAUAAACCAGAAACUACAAGCUGUUCUGGAAGACACCUUACUCAAGAACAUUACUUUGAAGGAAAACAUCAAUACCUUGGGUGAGGAAAUAGCUCGAAUGUCCAAGGAAUACCGAGAGCUCCAGGGCCAAGUCCAACGAAACAAGAUUUCAACUAAAUGACCUGCUCUCUAAUCUCCGCUUCAAUUCUUCCAGUUCAAUUGUGAUGAAUAAAUGUAUUUUUGUAUAUUAAAUUUGGCCUUAUUGUUUUGUCCUUUCCUAUCAAGUACAGUUAGUGUAGUCGUAAAGUUGUACAUUAUUAGUGUCUUUAUGAUUAACAAAGACUUCUGCCUCAGUGUAUAAUUUACAAUUAUAGUAUAAGAACAUAGUAUGCUUCUAAAUGUAUUUAUAAUUAUGUUAAAGUAUAUUAUAAAAGUAUAAAUGCUUGGACUACACUGUAAUCUUCUUGAUGCUGCUUCAUGCUUUGUAUCAUAUUAAGCACGUUUCUUACCAUACAAAUCAGUAUUGAAAUAUACUAGUUGUAUCAGCCUUUCUUCAUUUUUGCCACAACCGUUAAACCCCCAUCCAGUUUGUUAACAGUAAAACUGUGGAAAAUUGCUGUGUGGGUCUUUAGCUUUUUUCUUAACCGUAGAAACAGACAUUAAUUAUAGAUAAUUUUAUUUCAAAAGACAGCCACAUAAUUUUAAGAUAAAUGAAGUCAAUUAAUUUAUGAAUACGAAAUUGAGGAAAAACAAGACAUUUCACAAGUACGUUAUUUAUUCACGACCAUGGUUUCACCAGUAGAGGCAUCAUCAUGGUGAAACCAUGGUCGCGAUUGAAUGGUUUUUUCCUCGGUUUCAUAAUUAUGAAGCUUCACCAUGUACCAACAGUUUAUCAAUUAUGUAAUUUAUGAAUCUUUAGUGUAAAGACUCUUUAAUUGAUAAAAGCUUCAAUACUUUAAUCUUGAUAUUUUCUCAAGCCUGAUGUCAUAUAGAAAAAAUUUUGAAGGAAAUGUAACGAAAUAAGAGAAAAAAUAGCGUACUAACAAUAUUUGAUUUUGUUUUUAUAAUAGCUUGGAAAGAGUGAAUAAAAUAUGUGAACCAGUCGUGUCCGGCUAAAAGAAAGAAUAUAAAGGAAAAUACAAAAGAUGAAAUGUUUAUCUAAUUAACAUUUGUCUCUAGCUGGACAAUGACCGAGUGUCUGAGGCCUUAUACUUAGAUUUCCUUAAAUGCAGUAGUAUGUUUAAAGGUUUAUUUAUUUCCAGGCAAGAUUUCCCUUGACAUUCUGCAAGUUGAACAAUAAACUGCUUUUUGUCGAUUGACUUUUCACCACAUGUAACAAAAUGUACUGUAAUGUGAAUUAUAUUGUGUACAUGUGUAUGUAGGUAUUACAACAGCAUUUGUAAAUUAGUUGUAUUAGCUUAGAUAUUAAAAUGUAUAAUGUUUAAACUCUCACUCCUAGUGUCUUCUUUUCUUUAGAACAUCCUCGUCACUUAUUAUUAUUGUUAGGUUUAAGGUCAAGAUUAGAGACUUGUAUUUUUGUUGGAAGUUAUUUUAUAUAGCAUUUUAUGUAUAUAAUUUCAUAAGAAUUUAUAUUGUAGUGGUAAUUUUUGCAGUUAGUUUCAAUUUGUGUUUUUGAUGAAACAGUUUUUUUGGCUAUUAAAUGUGAUUAAAAAAAAAAACAAGCUUAGAACUCAAUUUAAGCAUUUGGUAGGUGAGUAACAAUAUUUAUAAGUUAUUUUUUAAGUAUUCAUAGAUGUAUAUGACAAAAGCCACAAAUAGAAGUUUUAAAUUUUGAAAGUAUUACAAUCAAAAUUAAAAGUAUGUUAAAGAACCUCAAAAUGUGUCAAAUUGUAAACUAUGUAUUUCAAACCCCAUUGCUUAUAACUUGUGUUAAUUAAAAAGGUUCUAUUUCAUGUAAAGGAUUAAACUGUGUACCCAACAGGCUUUUCCAUACAUUUUAAGAGAUGAAUAAUAUAUGAUAGUCUUCUUUAAAUAAGUGUAGGAUUUUCUUAAUUACACAAAUUUCUUCUGUGUAAAUGAUCAAUAACACAGAAGAAAUUCUGAAAUUAAGGAAAUUCUACUCUUAAUCGAAGGAUAUUUCAAGAUUAUUUAAAGUCACAUUUUAAAUCCAGGGUUAAUACUUCUUGUAACUCAACAUUGAACUUUGCAGCAAACUACUUGUAACAAAAAAAAAAACUGUGAGGAUGAUUUGGUUAAUACAUAAAAAGAUAUAUAGCUUAUUUUUUGUUUUUUCUUAACAAAUUCUACUUUUGUCUGGCAUUUAGUGUUAUUUAUUUGAUAGUCUGUAAUUAUAGGUGGUGAUAUGAUUUGGUUAGUAUUUUAUUUUUUACAAUUAUAUAUAAAGAUUCUUUAAAACUUGGAAAAUGUGUUUCUAAAAGUUACAUUGGCUUUGGACAUAGAACAGGCAAGUGUAUUGUUGUUUUUUUUUAAUGAAAGUUAGUACAUGUAAGUACCUUAAAUGAGAAUGUUUUAUUCUGACAAGAUUACCUUGUAAAGGAUGGAGACUAAAAUAUUUAUUUCCACCUCUGAAUCAGUAGGUUUACACAUUUGUAACAUAGAUGUUUGUUUUCUGUUGUUGUUGUUUUUUGUACUGGAUGUUAAACACUGAUGUUACCUGUCACAGGAAUAAUGGAAUGAUUAUUUCUUCUUCUACCUUUCCUAAAAUACCAAAAGUAUUGGAGGAUAAGAUAUUGUUUUCUGUCACAUUCUUCUACUACUUUUAUCCUCUUUAUCUUUUUUUUUCGAGAAGUAAUUCAUAAAUUUUGUGCCUUAUUUCGAGGUACAGUUUACUACUUUGAUACUUGUACACACUGUAUUUCUGUUAUUUAACACAUGUGUAAUGUAUCCUUGUUAUGUGUAAUUUUGUUGCAAUGAUUGAUACUACCAGGGACACUGUCAGUUAUUGAAACUUUGUUGUGAUAUAAAUAAAGCUCUACUUACUCAUACAUGGACCAA